GUGGUCUGUCCUCUCCAGCUCCUGCUGCAGAGGACUGUGUCGCAUAUUUCCAUUCAACUUGUCGUCUGUCAACACCUGGUUGCCUUUGCACGAGGGCGGUUUGACGUCCAGCUUUGACUGUAAGAACGUAUGUGCCUGAGAGUCUGACACACGUCUGUUUAAUGGCUACCUCGGGCUCCACCUCUUCUGCCUCCAUCACCGCCACUGUGCCUGAGGGUUUCCAUUAUGAAACCAAGUAUGUUGUGCUCAGCUACCUGGGAAUGCUGCCUAUUAGUGGAUCACAAACACUACCCGCAGCUCAAGGAGAUUUCCAGAUUGAGAGAGAGAGGUCCAGAAUGAUAAAAGAGCAGGUAGAGGAAGAGCUGAGACGACUAGAAGAUGAAGUCGCUGCCUCCUUUUCCAGCACAGGCUUCGACCGCCACACAUCGCUGGUGUUCAGUCCGGCCAACCCAGAGACCUCAAUUGAAGACUGCCUCGCUGCAAUGGGAGACCGGUUGGCUAGAGAACUUGACGCGAACCUGGGAGCAGCGGUACACAAACUCCUUGCAGGGCCUCUGGACUACCAGAGAUUCAAAGACACAACGCAGGAUCUGUCAACACACACACAGGGAGGUUGGAGCAAGGUUCUAGUGCCUUUGGUGCUGCUUCAGGCUUUACAAAGUGAGGGCCAGCCUAUGACAACUUUGCUGCAUCUGGGACUGCGCUUCCUAGAGGAGGCUGAGGCUGACUACAUCAUCCAGCAAGGGGGAUGGGGGCAAAUAUUUGGCCUUGAGUCAGAGGAAGAGCGAGGUGUGACCAUCGCUGAAGACAGCAACGACAUUUACAUCCUCUCAGGGGAGCAGCAUCCAGACCAGCUCAGCCCCCCCUCAUCGCUCCUCUGCACUGGAGACAACAGCAGCGGGCAGAGCUCCUGGCAGACAGAAAGCUUACCGGUGUCACUGGCCGGCCACGAGUCUUGGGCACAGGUCGGUAUGAUGGACCCCGAAGACGUCAAGAGCCUGGACAGCAACGAGGGCGUGGCUCUGGCUGAGGAACGCAGCGAGAACAACUCCUCAAACUCGGACAUUGUCCACGUGGAGCGCGAGGAGGCUGAGCUACUCGAUGAAGGCGGUGAGGUCGGAGCGAUAGAGGAGAGCAUGAUGAGUGUUUUAGGCACAGAGAGUGAGCUGGCCGAGCUCAGGGAAGAAUUUAGGGACCAGACUUCAUCUGUUCCAGUGUCAUUGGAGGCAGACUCCACAGCCCCAGCCUCCCUGAUUUCAUUAGAAGAUGCAGUUGUAAUAGAGACGCCCGCAAGCUUGUCAGCAGAGCCUUCCCUCAUCUCAGAACCAGAGCUGCCUCCCCUAGUCCCAGAAGCUUCUGCUCCCCCUCCCUCUGAGCCAGAACCUGCAGCACCUUUACCUGUUCCUGCAGUAGAACCAGAUCCUGAGCCAGAACCAGUUGCUACCACUGCCCCAGUGCCUGCUGAGGCGACGCCCUCGUCUCUACCCAAGGAGACCCCAACCUUUAGUUCCACAGCACCAGCAGAGCCUGAAGCCACCUUAGAACCAGCUUCUGAACCAGAACAGACGCCCGUCUCAGUGCCUGCCCAGCCAGAAGAGCCCCAGCCCGAACCAGAGACUGUGGCAGAGCAAGAGGUCCCGCUGGCAGCACCCCUGGUCCCAGAGCCUGCAGAGGCUUCUGUACAGGCCCCAUCUGAGGAGCCCACAGCGCAGACAGAGCCAGAAUCAGAGCUCUCAGUGCUGCUUUAUGGAGGCGCUGCACUAGUCGCCCUCGCUGCUGUGAUGGCAUACGGCGUCAUAAGCUGCAGGAGGAAGUAGAAUAGAAAAGUAUCUUUCUCAGGGGAUUAGAAUGCAAAUUAAAAUAUGUUAUGGUAGAAAUAAAAUUAUUAGUGCACACUCUCCUUCACAAAUUGUGAAUUUAUCGUUUGAGGCUGCAUUUACAAAAAAAAAAAAAAAAAUGCCUUUUGAAGGUUUAAAAUCUGUGAAAAUUCUUCCCAGCAAUCCCAGAUCUCACCACACUCACAACCUCACCGCUGGAAUUCUUUGCUGUUUUCACUCCACCAUUUGCAAACACAGAAAGGGGAAAAUGAUGCACUCCACUGUACUUCUUAUUUGUGAUGUUUUUCUUUCUUUGCAUACCGCCCUUCUAGAUUUUAAAGUGUGGAGUUUCAUCUCUCCUCUGCUUGUUUCGAUUUCUGUUGUCUUUUUUUGUGUCGGAUUGGUUUGUGCCAUUUGAGUCAGCGUAUUUACUUGGAAAUUUCAAUUCUUUGUUUCUAUGCAGAAAAAGUGGUAUCUAAUCACACUUUAUCCUCUAACUGUGAUGUGUUAUUCUGAUGCUUCCUCUGGUACGCAAACCAAAUAUAGAAAUUAAACUGAUAAUUUGAUUAUUAUACAGUUUGAACCUACUUCUGACAAAAUAGACAUAUUGGUUUCAUUGUAUGCUCCAUCUUUGUGCUUCAUGUAUUAGUUCACCUUUACAUGUAUAAAGACAUUAUAUGAUUUUGUGUAUGUGUCCUGAGGGACAGAACUACUGCUGUAUAUUGUAGAAAUGAUACAUUAAACAUGUUGAUAUACUUCUAAGUCAUUCAUUUUGACUUUAUCAGUAUAUUCUUCUGUUUAAAUAUUAUGUAAUUGUCCAAACAACAGCAAGUCACAGCAUAAGUUAUAAAGUGUUGUUGCUGUAGGGUUUUCUCAGAGGUGAAUGUCAUACUUACAGUGUAAGUUGUCUGACUUUUAAAGAUACCUGAUUUUUGAGUUGGCUACAUCAAAGUCCAUAUGUAAACCGCAUUUCUUUGUUUGCAUGAGCUAAGCAGGAAAAUGUGAACAUGUGCACCAGAUAUGGACCGUGGGAAUUGGAUGUAAUGUGGAUGCAGCACAUGAAUCCAGUCUUACCUUCAAUGUAAAAAGAUUUACCAGUGGAGUCUAUUGGGUGGACACCGCAAAUUAAUCAUCAUAUGCUGUUUCUGCAGUUUGCUUCCUGUCCUUACAUUUUUCAGCCUGGUGUCUUUAGCCUCUUUCUAUUACCACCACUUCUCUUCUGUACCCAACGUGUCCAACAACAAGCACAUCUGUCAUGGUAACUGUAUGUCCAGGGAGGAUAUUAAGUCCCCACCUUUUCUGAGUAGAUUAUGAGGUAUAAGGCGUCUGGAAUGUAAAAAUGGGUUCUAUACGGACAAUCAAAACAGCAUCAACUUGUUUGUGUGCUUUCACGUAGGUGAAGAAUUCUGUAGCAAUGCAGCAGAAUCCCCUCACUAAUGAUCCAGUGUCAUUCAGGAGAUUGUAAGCAGGAAAUACAGGCUGUUGAGGUGGAAAGCCCCCUGGCCUCCCCCACAUUCAAAUGAGAUGCUUAACGAGUUAUCCUGCCUUCUUGCUAAGUCUCGCCAGGGAAUUAUUGAAGUCAGUAUCACAUGAUAAAACGGUGACAUUGUGUUGCCCCCGCUGCAACCCCACCUUUUAAAUCUUUCCUUUUUGAUGAUUUGGGUACUUUGUGGUUUGAUGGAAGUUGUAUCACCAUGAAACUGAGGAAUGACUCUUAAAAUGUGGUUUUGGAAAAGAUGUCAAGGAUGUUUCCAUGUCUCUGUCUGUCAGCGUUACUCAAACUAUGCCUGCUUUAAAAGUUAAACUGUUAAAGUAUGGAGCAGGUGGAUGUUAAAAAGGUCCCAACAUGACACUUUGUACCUUGAGUUUCCUACAAUAAAUACACUGUUUGAGAUGAGAAUAA